ACAACAUAUUUGUUAUUAAUUAAACAAAUCAAUAAAUUGUGAAACAAUUAAAUCAUGAAUUGAUAAUGUUAAAUGAUUAAAUGUACUUUUACAUUAUACUAAUCAACAAAACAUUGAUGUAUUUAAUUACAAUUGUAAUAAUUGAUGACACAUUUGUAUUUAAAGACGUAUUCAUUUAUUUUGUCCCAUUUUCCUUGAAUAACAAUGAGGAAAAUGCAAUUCACACACGACUAUGCGAACAUUACUGCCCCCUACAGCUCAUCUCCGGAAUCACAGCUCAGAACCCGACCGUCGGGGCGGCUUGGCCUUCACCGAAAGCGAUCUUUCCUACAGUCUUUGAACGCGUCGCCGCUCGCCACACUUCCGGGUGUGCAGGACGCGGAGAGGCCGCGGAUGAAGCUCUCUAUCCGGCUGAGGGCGUGAGGGAGAACCGCAGCCAUGGCCUCCGACAGCUGUCUGUUUGUGUGGUCUGAUCAGUGUGUCAUUGUGUGUCCCCUCUCCCUCCCCCCGCCAGUCACGCCGGAGGCCGUCGGCUUCAUGACGGCGGUGGGCGUCCUGGUGGCGGCGCUGGCCCUCCUCUUCCUCUUCAUCAACAAGAUGAUGUGCUUCUCCCGCGUGGGGGGGCUGCCCUGUCUGGAGCAGCAGAGCCAACGCCGGAAAACACGCCAAGGCCUCGUCAAAAGCUUCGGCGGCGAAGGCGGCGCCGGCACGUCCUCGGAAAGCGACAACGAGGUCAUGAAGCAGUUUGAGAUCUCGGUGUCACGCUCGCAGAGUUUGCGUGGGACUCAGCCCAAAGGUGAGGAGCAGCAGCUUCGGCGGACGCUGAGCCGGAGAAAUCAAUUCUCCCGCUUGUCCAAACACGAGGAGGGCAGCACGGAGCCGUCCGACUGCGAAGACGUCCUCCCGCCCGCCGUCUGGGAGGUUCCCGGCGAACAGAACCUCCCGUCCUCGCCGGAACCCUCCGCGCCAGAGGAACCCUCCGCGGUCGAGACUUUGGCCGCCAUCCUGGAGAGUCCAGCGCGCGGAAUGAACCGGCAAAAUAUGCACGGCGCCGAGGACGCCGAGACUGACCAGGACAGGACGGACGCCACUGACAGCUCCACCACAUGGAGCCCCGAGCAAGAGCAACCCGCCCACCACGACGUCAUCCCUCCGCCAUUAAGCUCCUCCCCUCGCUCGUCCUUCUCCAAAUGUUGCGACCUGUUGGUCUCUCUGGAAUAUCGGCCGGCCGCGGAGAAGCUGCUGGCCACCGUGGUGGCGGCCCGCGACGUCCCGGACAAGGGUCGCAGCAGGAUGGACUCGUGGCAGGUCCACAUGGUUCUGCUGCCCUCCAAGAAGCAGCGACGCAAGACCUCGGUGAGGCGGGGCUCGCCGCUCCGCUUCGACCAGACCUUCAGCUUCCUGCGCGUGGAGCCCUCGGACCUGCCCGCGUUGGCCCUCCGGUUCCGCAUGUACGCCAUGGAGGGCAGGAUGUCCCGGGAGCGCAUGAUGGGGGAGAAGGUGCUGCGCCUGGCAGAGCUCGACCCGGCCGGCGGCACCCUGGAGACCAUGCUGGUCCUGGAGCCUCAAAGUAACAUCAAGAGCGUGGGCUCGCAGCUGAGCCUGGCGGGCGUGUCCCACAGCGACAGCGCCUCGUCCACGCAGUCGCUGACCCACGGCGGCGUCCCCGAGCUGCUGGUGGGCCUGGCCUACAACGCCACCACGGGCCGGAUGUCGGUGGAGCUGAUCAAGGGAAGCCACUUCCGAAACCUGGCCGCCAACAGACCGCCAGGUCCGAGCCCCGCCCGCGUGCCGUCCCGGGGAACACCUUUGUCAUUCCUCCUCCAUCUUUCAGACACGCUGGCUCGCCUGACGCUGCUCAACUCGGUGGGCCAGGAGGUCUCGCGCUGCAAGACGUCGGUGCGCCGCGGCCAGCCCAACCCCGUCUACAAGGAGACCUUCGUCUUCCAGGUGGCGCUCUUCCAGCUGUCGGACGUGACGCUGAUGUUGUCCGUGUACAACCGCCGCAGCCUGAAGCGCAAGGAGAUGGUGGGCUGGGUGGCCAUGGGCCAGAACAGCAGCGGCGAGGAGGAGGAGCUCCACUGGCGCGAUAUGAGGGACGGCCGAGGGCAGCAGGUGUGUCGCUGGCACGUCCUCCUGGAGGCGUGACGCCCCCUGCUGGCGUGGAUGUACUCUUAGGACGCGGCGAGUCUUUGGGCCUUUAUGACCCUUUUGAAGCCCACUCGCCAGUCCACACCGUGUCCCAUUUAGAGCAAUUAUUUAUUUAUAAUCCUUGUGAGGAAACUUUUUCAAAACAGGUUACAGGCAAGAAAAGUUUGCUCCGGGUUGAGAGGAGAUGGUCUAAAACCCAUCCGUUUAAAGUACAUACAUAUAUAUAUAUAUAUAAAGUAUAUAUAUAUAUAUAUACAUAUAUAUAUAUACACACACACAUUUAUGUAUACAAAUAUAUACACACACACAUAUAAUUACAUAUUUGUGUGUAUAUAUACAUGUAUAUAUACACACAUAUAUGUAUACAUAUAUAUAUAAAUAUAUACAUACAUAUGUAUGAGUAUA